CCGAAAAACUAAAACCCUAAAACCUCCUGAAAACAGGAGCGUCUUUCUUCUCUCCACCAGAGUCGACUUCGAAGGAAACAGAAAAUGGCUCGCAGUCUAAAAAACGCCAAGAAGACUAAGCGCAAGAAGAGAACCCCGAAGACGGAAGAAGGUCCCUCCAACCCUGCCAAGGUAUGGCAACCGGGCGUAGACAAAUUAGAAGAGGGAGAAGAGCUUCAAUGCGAUCCUUCGGCUUACAAUUCUCUCCAUGGCUUCCAUAUCGGGUGGCCCUGCUUAAGCUUCGACAUAGCACGUGAUUCGCUGGGAUUGGUACGGACGGAGUUCCCACAUUCGGUGUACUGUGUUGCCGGGACUCAGGCUGAGAAAGCUAGCUGGAACUAUAUUGGAAUAUUUAAGCUAUGCAAUAUAUCUGGAAAAAGGCGUGAGUUAUUGCCUGCUAAAUCUGUUGGUAGUGAUGUUGAUAUGGAUGAUAGUGAUAGCAGCAGUAGUGAUGAGGAGGAUGAGAAUGAUGGGCCUGGUGGAUCUGAGCCACCUAGUUUGCAGCUACGCAAGGUGGCCCAUGAAGGAUGUGUAAACCGCAUACGCUCAAUGACCCAACAACCCCAUAUAUGUGCAACAUGGGCAGAUAAUGGUCAUGUGCAGGUCUGGGACUUCACCUCUCAUCUAAAUACUCUAGCAGAGACGGAAGCAGGAAUUAGCACAGGAGCAAGUUCCAUAUCUUCUCAGGCACCCUUAAUUAAAUUUAGUGGGCAUAAAGACGAGGGAUAUGCAAUAGACUGGAGCCCUGUUGCUCCUGGGAGGCUCGUCUCUGGUGAUUGCAAGAAUUGUAUUCAUCUUUGGGAGCCUUGUACUGGCGGAACUUGGAAGGUUGAUACAAAUCCAUUUAUUGGACAUACUGCAAGCGUUGAAGAUCUGCAAUGGAGUCCCACGGAAGCUGACGUCUUUGCAUCUUGUUCUGUGGAUGGAACUAUUGCGAUAUGGGACAUCCGUGUGGGGAGAUCGCCUGCAGUUUCUGUAAAGGCACAUAAUGCAGAUGUCAAUGUCAUCUCAUGGAACCGGUUGGCUAGCUGUAUGAUAGCUUCUGGAAGCGAUGACGGCUCAUUCUCUAUUCGUGAUCUUCGAUUGAUUCAGGGAGAUUCACUUGUGGCUCAUUUCGAAUACCAUAAGCACCCUAUCACAUCCAUUGAGUGGAGCCCACAUGAGCCCUCCACUUUGGCUGUUUCAUCGUCAGAUAAUCAGCUAACGAUUUGGGAUCUUUCAUUAGAAAGAGAUGAGGAAGAAGAGGCGGAAUUCAAAGCCAAAAUGAAAGAGCAAGCGAAUGCUCCCCAAGAUUUACCACCUCAGCUUCUCUUUGUUCAUCAGGGUCAGAAAGACUUGAAGGAAUUGCAUUGGCAUGCUCAGAUCCCGGGGAUGCUCAUAUCUACUGCUGGCGAUGGUUUCAACAUUUUGAUGCCCUCGAACGUUGAAACGACUCUUCCAUCAGCCGAUGAUCGGUAGCUAAUAGGAGGAUUCACCGUCCGUUGCUUGAUUCCCAAAUCCAAUAUCGAUCGGCCUAUUCAGUCAUUAUAAAAUGGUGCCAAAGCAUUGGGCAAAUACUCCAAGUGUUUCCCAAGACCCAGUACGCGUAGCCUCUAUUGCGCAAGUUUUGACCAGAUGACACCAGCAUCUGCUGAGCAGUGGGAUGCAAGCUUAUGUUGGUGGGGUGCAAUAGUUGUUUUUGUGGACCAUAUAAAUCCUGCUUAUUUGUGUUGACUGUAUAAAGCCUCCCAAUGAUGUUUAGUAUGAACGGUGCCCCAACUUUUAUUAGGUCAUGAUGGUUAUGCAAUGAAUAGAGUUUGUAGAUUAUUUGAUCCAUGAUGAUGGUUUUUCAAUGUAGGAAUUAUAGGUGUGGCAAUGUCUAGGUUGUACCCGGCCAAUGGUGAAUGAUCUGUUUUAGCCCGUGUUGGGUAGUGCCUUUGAAAACCAAUGUUUAUGUUUCUCAAUCUAUUUAUAUGAUUAUUCAUUCA